UAAGCUUUAUCGAUAAAAGGUAUACCAAUACAAGGAUGUACCUGAGAAAUAGUGGAUUAGAUAAGGUGAGCUAGCAUUGAGUGUUCGGCCCGUGCUUAGUUGUACUUUGGUAGUGGCGUCACCGGCCGGGGCCGGGACUCGCUUCCCGCCGAGCUACUGAGCUAACUGACAAAUCCGAUUCCAGCCAGCCAGCCAGCCGUCCAUCCAAAAUUAAUUAAUUUUCUUGCCGACACCUUUCGAUUCUAUAGUCGCAAGCUAUCGCGAGCUCCUAUGCCCAUCUUUUCUUACCUUAUUCUUAUUUCAGCCCAAUAACACUCACAUAAUGGCUGCUGACACGAGAGAACCGCAACCACAGCCUAACGAAUUGCCCAAGGGCGUCGUAAUAGGGAAGGAUGGAAAGCCAUGUCGAUCAUGUACAUCAAAAAGAGAUUUUUCCUCAUGGGCGCAAAUGACAAAAUCGUCAUUAAAAUCUGGUAGCGGUACCGGAACUGCAGCAGGCGCUGCUGCUGUUGGAGCUGGAGCUGGCGCUGUUGCAGCCUCAACAUUUUCCUCACAACGUCCAACUACGGAUGAUUGCCCAGCUGACGUAGAAACGCUUGGGCGGAGUACAUGGACACUUUUACACUCGAUUGCGGCGACCUACCCGAAAACGCCGAGCGUAGCGGAACAGUCGGAUCUCAAGACGUUCAUGGGGGUCUUUUCGCGGUUAUAUCCGUGCUGGGUUUGCGCCGAAGAUUUCCAACGUUACAUGGAGAAAGAACAGAUCCGAGUCGGUAGUCGCGAUGAAUUUGGCAAAUGGUUAUGCGAAGCGCAUAAUGCUGUGAAUGUUAAGCUGGGGAAGAACACGUUCGACUGCUCGAAAUGGGAGGAGAGAUGGCGGACUGGUUGGAAGGAUGGACGAUGCGAUUAAACUCGUCGAUCAGCGCGUCGGAAGAUUCACCCUUCUGAUAUCCUCGUACAUGGACCAUGGCCAUUGAUGCUGUUUGGGAGAUUUCCAAAGUUACUCUGAUGACUAAGCCUGGUCUUGUAGAUCUGCUGUAUAAUAUGUCACGAUAAAAAUGACUGACGAUAGCGGGCAUAGUGUUUCAAAUUAGAUACUAGAUAUGGCUUCACCGCUCAAAAAUUGUAUAUCAUCGAAUCUUUCCUCUUUAUUAUUCUGUAUCGUACCGGUCCGAUGAAAUUGAGGUAUGAUUUAUCAUGAAAGAUCGGCAUUUCCGUGAUGGAACUUUAAUGCGGCGGAUUUUGUGUAUGUAACUAGACCGUUCCAGACCACCGGUCCUUGCGACCCAGGCUAGCUGAGUAGUUAAAAACAAGCCGGGUCCGGCCGAUUGGUUCCAUUUAUUAUUUAGAGAUACA